ACUUAGUUCUGUGUGUGUGGCAUCAAGCAUCAUCGAUGGGGAGAGGGAAGAGGUCCGUGCUCGCGUCGUUGUUUGGGUUCAAGAAGCAGAGCGGCGCCGGCAGCAAGUCGGAGGAAGAGGCGGAGGGGAGGCCGCAGCCGAGGUACUACCAGGGGACGAGGGUGUGGCCGAGUGACGACGACGACUACUACGGCCGCCACUGGUACGCCGACCGCGACAUCGACCGGAGGGCCUCGGAGUUCAUCGAGCGGGUGCAUCGCGGCAUCGCCAACGACCAAGAUGGAUAGGCGUUUUAUAUGCGAGAAAAUUGUAGUACGCAGUGUGUGAUGAUAAUGUCAUGCAUGUUUAAUUUAUCGACGUUAACUUGUGUAAUACGAUUAUACGAAGUGAAUUUAACAAUGUUAGUGUAUGAGUCUUGCUUACAAAUAACUUCUCCGUGUUUCAAAUUAAGUUUAUUCACGAAUAUAUUUUUUACUUCAGUAUUUGGCAAUCAAA